GUUAUAAGCUGCGACGAUUGACAAUUGAAAUCGCAUGUUUGCGAUAAGCUUUUGUUUUGUUUGUGGUGCAUUUGAAAUUUGUCAUCGGUGUGGAAUGCCAAUUGAUUAUCAACCGAUUUUCAAUCUGUGACCAUUCAGUUGAAAUCAAAACAGAGAGAAGAAAAAAAGAAGAACAAAGAGCCCAUUCUUUGAUUGAGAAAAUUAAAUAUCCAGUCGUGGUAGCGUUGAAAAUAACCGAUUCAUUGGUAUUUUGUGCAUAAUUGAAAAUUGUGAAGGUGUAUUGAAUUUUAUUAAGUUUGUGGGUGUCAUCGUAACCAACAUAAAAAAUAACUUGAGACAAGAGUAUCGCCAUUGAUCAUCAUUUGGCAUACGAUUGGUGCGGCAAUUUAAAUAAUAAUAAUUGACUUUGGAGGCGAAUGAACAGAAAAAAAGCCAAACAUUCAGAGCAAAAUAUAAACGAAUUUUAAUUGGGAAGCGACCAACGACGAGGCUUUUACUUCAUAUUAGCCGUAAAAAGACACUUGUUUUUGUUUUAUUCAGACAAACACACAUUCAUACCAGUUACCAUAGUGAAAACAAACUGAUAAACAGUAGAAUAUACAGAAUUCUUAUUUGUUUUUUUCUUUUUCUUUUUUGUUUCUCUUAUUUUUUUGCUACCAGAGUGUUUAUUAUUUGCAGAGCCAUCGUUAUUUUGCAUGCACAAAAACAUUUUUAUGGACACGCCGUAAAGCUGAUGCUAAUAAGCGCCGCGUAGCCGUUGUACAACCCUCUCAAAUAACAGUCCCAUUUGGAGUUUUGAAUAUUUUUUGUGUGUUUAUAUCUAUAUAAAAAAAAUGGGUGUAAUGCUUUGGGAAAAAUGCGUCCGAUGGUGUUGGUGAUUUUGCAGUUUUGGAUGCUAUUCAACGGCAACAUUUAUAUUCAUCAAGCAACGCAGAAUUUAUUACAAUCGUAAUUGAAUCUUCGCGAGAUCGAGAAGUAAGUGUAAAGAGAAAAAAUAAAAAUCAGUAAUACUGCGCACGGUCCAGUUUCGAUUCAUGAAAGUCAAAUACAAAUCAUGCCAUCGAUUGUGGUAUUUAUUGUUAUUUUUUUCUCUCUCUUACCACCAAUUUCUUACAUUCGACAACGACAAUGGAUGUCAAUUAUGUUUGAGCAAAACGUAACAAAUUUUUGAUGCGAAAAUCACGUGCCAUAAACUUUAUCAAACAAAAAUACAAACCGAUUUUUUUGCGAAUUUUCAACACAAACGAAUUUAAUGUGCAAAUAUUUCUGCUACAAAUUAACAAAACGUAAAACAAACAAAAUAAACGAAAAAGGAGUCAAAUAUAAAACACAGAGUGAGAGUUAAAAUACAAAGAAAAACGGAACAUUUUUACACAAACACAAUCAUUUCAAAAGACGGAAAAGUUUUUUCUAUUCUUCUUUUUCUUUGUUCCUGACCUGUCAAACGUCGAAGUGGCAUUUGGUGACGAUCGUUCAACUUAAUUCGUUCAAAGUGAAUUUCGUGCUCUUUUUUCGUCUUCAGUCAAUCGGAUGAAAGCACUCAAAAGCCAAAAUACAAGGAUACAAUCACAAGAAGCUGAAAAACAAGCUGACACAAGCACACACUUUGGCAAGCGCACAGACAAAAAAGAGAAAUAAUAAUACAACAAAUCAAAGGGUUCAGAAACAUUGACAUUUCCGUUUCAAAUUGUAGCCCAUUUGUUCAUUUGUUGUUGUUUUGCUGGAUUAAUUGGCUUGAAAAAAUAGAUUCCACGAACGACCCCGGAACUUUUGUUUACUGUGAAUAAAAAGAAAAGACGAAUCAAACCAAAUAGAUGUAAGUAUCUGAAAAUCACAUCAAUCUUGCCAACAACAGAUUUACUCCAACUUAGAGAGAGAGAAAAAAAAGACGGGGAGCAUAAUUUUUUUCGGUUGCGCCUUCAGUCUUUGCUUGCAAAUAGGAAAUAUUCGGAAACGUAAAGUAUAAACGGAGAUUCUUCUGCAGUGUCCGUGUGUAACAGGAAGACGGUACUCUUGGAUCUGAAUCAUUGUUAAAAAAAUACGCACAUAUUUAGUACGGUGUCUUUUUGAUUUUGGCUUCAAUCAAAAUUACGCUCUACACUUUUUGCAGGUCUUACUUAUCAUACCAACAAAUAGUAUCCAUAAGAAUUCGCGAUGACAACGACACUUUACAAUCCGAAUUAUAGCAGCAAAUCAUCUGAUACACCAACCACACCGGCGACCGCAUCGUUUGAUGAAUUUGCACAAAGUCGUGCCAAUGCCAGCAAUAACAGUGCCAACAUAACAGCCAUCGAUACGAAUGAAAAACCAAAUCUUAGUACAAGUUUUGCAAUCCCAUCAAACGUAUCGAUUAUUGAGUAUCUAAAAAAGCGUGCCGAACCAAUCACCAAUAAAUUUAUGCUAGCACCACCAUCAGCAUCAACAAUUAACAUACGUAGAAAUUCGACACAACAAGCGGCGGCGGUAGCAGUAGCUGCAGCAUCCGGUGGCAGUAAUCAAUCAUCGGCAACACAAAGGCAAUCAAUAGGCGGUAAUACAACAACUGAAGCAUCAUCAUCAACAAGAUCUGAAGCACCGCCGCCGAUUCCAAAACGGACUUUCUUGGACAAAAUAAUUCAAAGUUCGCUGAGUGAAUCGUCAACACAAUCGCCAACAUCGACAAUCAAGACAACCAUAAAUAACGUAUGCAAACAAACAUUGGACGAGGUAAAACGGCGUAAUACAAGCGUCAAACCGCCAAUCAAUCAAAAUCAAACUGUACAAAGGCGUUUAGUAGAAAAUCAUUAUCCGAUUGAUCAGUAUUCGGAUGAUGAUCGUUUGAGCAUUGAAUCGUCUGUAUUUGAAGAGCCAAAAAGUAGCGAUCCAAUAAUAUCGCUAUCAAAUCGUUCGUCAAGCGAUUCAAAUAAAUCACAAACAACCAUCGAUACCGGUUACAUGUCCGCAUCAAAUGAUAAUGAUCGCAUUUUUUUCGGUGCCUCCGAAGAUUUUCGCAGUCGCUUUUCAUCGGUUGAUACACAAUCGUCGAUCGAUAGUUGCACAUCAUCCGACUUACAAACGCAACAAUCGUUCACAUUACAAAAUCAAGCGCGUUGCAUUAUAUCUCCGUUGGCCGUAAAACGUGAUGAGUACGACGAUAAAAUGAAUAAUCCAACACAAAUGCAUGGUAAAACAUUUAGUCGUUUCAAUAGUUCAAAUAGUUUGUUAAGUGUUUCGAAUAAAACAAUCAAUUCGAACAGUAGUAAUUCGAUUAAAAAUCAAUCGAUUGCAAGUAAUGCGUCAGCAUAUCGUGUGAAUUCAUUGAAUGCGAAUCGAAAUCAAUCGAUGCCAAAAUCAAUAGAUACGGUGGGCGUUACGGUGACAAAUGGCUUAAAUCAAUCAGGAAAAAUGCGUCCAGUGCCAUCGCCGGCAGCAUCACGUACUCAAAACUCACUCGAUUCCGGUCGUAUACUUUACAAUGGUUCAAUGUUGGGCGCAUUCCAAACUGGUUUGGCGAAAAUUACAUCGGCUGCUGCUACAACGGGACGACGCAGUUUUAAAAAAGCAUCACAAAUUGCACACACAAAAUUAACACAGCGACAAGAUUCAAGCAUAUCGAACGAUAGUUUUUCACUUAAUUCAAGUUCCAGCUAUAACACAAAGAAUUUCGAUGCAACACAAGUGGCCAAUAAUUCAAACAACAGAAACAACAAUCGAACAACAAGCUGCCUCAAUGGCCAAGAGCUUACAAAUUUCGACAGAUUUUCAACAAAUAAAUACCAUUUUCCGACCGGACGAUCCACAUUUCGACAAGACUCAACCAUUUCGAAUGAUAGUUUCAGUCAAACGUCUAGUAGCCCCAGUUACAAUACGAAACAAUGUGAACAACCCUUGCUCGCACACACCGCCAAAAUACACGCAAUGAAACAGCAUCUGAAGUGUGCCGAUGAAAUAACAAAAGAAAACUUCGACAAUAGCGCCAAUUCAGCCAUUAUAAAAAGUGCAUCAACACCCGCCAGCCUUCAGGCAGUCGUUCGCUUCCAAAAUGGUUCAAAUAUGUCAUUGCAGCAUAAAGUCAUAAAUCGACGAAAAAGUUCAAAUCCAUACAUAACGCGUGGCAUUCUCAAAUUCCGCUUACUUCAAAUUCUUCUCAAUGCACUUGCUCUGCUCAUUAUUGCUGGUGGUUUGGCCGCAUAUUUCAAGGCAUACCCAACGGUGAAGUUCGUUAACAAAACCAUAUUUACACCACAGCGACCAGCACCAUCUGCUAUUACACCGAUUAAAGAAUUGGCGAAAAAACAAAUAAUCACUAGUCCAUUUGAUAAAAAUCCAGCUCCCGGCAUAUGCUUGCCAAUCAUUGUGAAAUUUUGCCAGAACCAUCAAGUGCAAUACAAUUACACAAUUUAUCCAAAUUACAUUGGACACUUCAGCCAAAUAGAAGCAGAAGAAGAUCUUGAACCAUACGAAGCUAUCGUCGAUGUGCAAUGCUAUGAGUUGGCGUCAUUAUUUCUAUGCACGUUGUUUGUACCAAAAUGUGGUACAGCUGGUCUUAUUCCGCCAUGCAAAUCACUUUGCUUGGAAACGAUGCGACGGUGCCAUUUCUUUUUCAAUGUUUUCGGUCUUGAACUGCCCGACUAUCUAUCAUGCCAUCAAUUCAGCGAUUCGAAUAAUCCAGAUAUUUGCGUUGGACAAAAGCAAAUGCGCGAUGCAUACAACCGAGCUUUGAAACCAGUUUGUUCAGGUUUCUCAUGCGAUAACAAGACCCGAUGCAUCCCAUUGGAUUGGAAGUGUGACGGUAAUGUCGAUUGCUUGGAUCAAAGUGACGAAUCAAACUGUGACAAAUGCGGUAAUGAUACCAUUUAUUGCGGCGAAAACCGGUGUAUGAGUUCACAACAUGUUUGCGAUGGACACAUCGAUUGUCCAUAUGGCCAAGAUGAACGUAAUUGUGUUCGUUUGAGUGAGCGAAAUGGUGAUUUGGGUAAAGGAAUUCUGGAAAUUUACAAAGUAAAUUUAAAAAAAUGGGUGCCAGCCUGUAUAUCAAAUUGGAAUCCAAUCACAUCACCGACAAUGGUGUGCUCAUUGCUUGGCUAUAGUUCGGUGAAUACAAGCCGAAUCACAAUGCGGAAUACAAAUCAAACGCUCACACCGAAUAGUACUAAAGAUCCGAAUAACAUUGCACGAAUGUAUCAACGUAAAAAAACCAAUCUAAUUAAAGAGUUUGGCAGUUGUAGCCCAAAUGAAAAUCAUCCGGUGAUUGAUUUAACAUGUUCAAAUUAUGAAUGUGGACGAGCUCGAAAUCGGCCGGCACGUGCACGAACACGAAUUGUUGGUGGUUCGGAGUCAUCGCCGGGCGAUUGGCCAUUUUUGGCAGCAAUUUUAGGUGGACCUGAAGAAGUAUUCUACUGUGCUGGCGUUUUAAUCGCUGAUCAAUGGGUUCUUACUGCUUCUCAUUGUAUUGGAAACAAAUCAUUGUAUAACAUAAAUAGUUGGACAAUUCAAUUGGGUAUAACACGUCGAAAUUCGCAUACGUACUAUGGACAAAAAGUGAAGGUGCAACGCGUUUUACCGCAUCCACAAUACAAUUUGGAUGUGAUGCAUGACAAUGACAUUGCAUUGUUCCAGUUGGCGACUCGAGUCGCAUUCCAUGAGCAUUUAUUGCCAGUUUGCUUACCUCCGCCCAGUUUAAAAAGAAUCAAACCUGGCACCAUAUGUACAGUGAUCGGAUGGGGCAAGACAAAAGAAGACAAAAAACCGAGCACCUCAUAUGAGCCAACUGUGAAUGAAGUUAAUGUUCCUGUACUGAAUCGAGACUUAUGCAACGAAUGGCUGGUGCAUUUAAAUGUAACCGAUGGUAUGAUAUGUGCUGGCUACUCGGAGGGUGGUAAAGAUGCUUGCCAAGGUGAUUCCGGCGGUCCGCUAUUGUGCCGUGAUUCAAAUGAUCGUGAACGUUACUACGUGGCAGGCAUCGUUAGUUGGGGUGUUAAAUGUGCCAACCCAAAGUUACCAGGCGUCUAUGCAAACGUUCCAAAAUAUAUUCCAUGGAUUAUUGAAAAUAUCCAAAACUAUUCAAAUGUUCCGCUUGAAUAUCCACGUUCGAACAUCAACCGUAAACCGAAUAAAAUGUUCAAUCGACAGCAUCGACAAAAAAGUUGAAGUUAAAAAGAAAAACCAAAUUGAAAAAGAAGAUGAAUAGAGAAAAAAAAAACCGUACGCAGACAAUAAAUGAAAUUGAUCAUAUUCAAUUUAAAUUGCAAAUUAAGAUAAUAAAUAGCAAAAGGAAAACGUAAAUCCAGUUUUCCUCACUUUUUUGAUAUUUAAAAAUAAACAAGCCAAUUAAAUGGAUGUGUUCUAAAUGGAACGAGAUUUUUUUUACAUAUAUAAUAUCGAUAUUUUUAAAUACGAAGACACCGACAAACAAUGAAAUUGACAAUAAAUUAACUCAUUUACAUAUAUAAGAUGAUGAAAUAUCCAUAAUACAUAUAUACCUAUAUAUAUUUAUAUAUGUAUUUAACAUUUAAAAUUAUGCCGAGGAAAAGAGAUAAAUAAAGAAUACUAAUUGAGUCAAUAUGAUAAAAAUAGAAACGAAGACGGAGAAAUAUAUAAAAAUAUUUAUGUAUUUUUAGAUAAGACAUUUUUUGUGAAACGUUUUUUUUAAGAUAUCAUACUAUAUACAAAAAUGUGAGGUAUAGACAAUAAGAAAUCAAUAAAACAUUUUCCAGUUUAUACGGUGUAGCGCACACAUUCAUAUGUGAGAUGAGAUGGAGUGAGAUUGUUGUUCAACAGGAUACAAUGGAUUUUAUCAUAUUCCAUUUAUUGAGAUGAAAUUAUAAGCGAAAUUUGAAGACAAUAACAAUCUUAGAAUGAAAAAAAAGCUUAUGAUAAACAUAUGUAUAGAGUUAUUUAUAUGUAUAUAAUGAACGACGGUUUGCCACACACACACACACAUACACAUACAUGAUAGAAGUAAAUGCACUCACAUUCAUCACAUAGUAUUGAAUACAUCGUCUUAUAUUUUAUACUGAAGCAAAAUAGACUUAACCUUAAUCAUGAUGUAGUUUAGCUUGAUUCUAAUUGACAAAGAGUGUGUAGAAAAUCCAGUUUAGUUUCAAUAUUAAUCGGAAAAUUCUGCGCAAUUUUCGAUUUUUUUAAAAUUCAACUUUAACGAAUUUUUUUAAAGCCCAUCGAAAUAAAUUAUUAUUAUAUUAUGUUGUUGUCGGAUUUUUAUCAGAGAUAUGCAAAAAUACCAGUCCUUAUGAAACGCAACACUUGUACUUUAUUCGAUUGAUUGAAUCAAAUGUAGUGGAAUCCUUGGAAGCCUCGCUUCCGAACUAGUUUGCUUUGAAUGGAACAUUUUUCUAUUUUAUUCGGUUGGUCUUAAUUGAGACAGGAAUGGAUGGGAAUAAAAGGGAAUCUUCUCAUCUCAACUUUGGCCGUUCAUUCAGAAUGGGCUUUUGAACCGUUCAAGUUUAAUGUUCAAAAUAGUACUCAUUGAUUUCCACUGAUAUAUGUCAUUUAAAAAACAAACGUCGUAAAAAUCUUUGAAAUAUACACAUUUAAAUGGAAAUGUCAUUUUGUGAAAAAUAUCUUCUCAAACUUUUGUAUUGGGUGUAUAAAUUAAUUUUGAUCGCUGACAAUUAGAUGUCACCACUUAAAAUUGUGUGUAGCUUGACAGGUGAAUCCAAUUGCAUUUUGUACAUGUGACAUUUGCCAAACUAAUUCAGAGCAGAAACAU